AUGGCGCCGUUUCCUCUAACAAAAACGCGAACGGCCUCAUCGUGUAUCUUUCUCAUCUACGUCUUCGUGGCGUUCGUCAGAGCUGACCAAGGAGAAACAGCAAAUGACGUGGACUCUUUCGGUGCACCCCCAUUGGGCCAUAUUGUUCGUUCCUCGAUUCCUCCCGUUCCGCGGUUGCUCUCCCGGGCGGACAGCGCGGCGAAGGCUUUGAAACCCGCGAAACGGCAGUCUGCUACUCCUCUGCAAGACUUACAUGACUACAAUGCUGGUUCUCAUUCCCACUCUCCAGGCCACGAAAAUCUCGAUGGCUGCACGCCAGAAGAGGGCUGCCAAACGCCGCGGCAUUCAGGGGGAAAAAGGAAGCCCGAGAUGUUAAGCACUGCCGUGAUGAGUCGUGGAGCAGUAUCUCUGACUGAUGAUAACUACCACGACUUCAUGGCCGCACAUUCCAUGGUGCUCGUUCUAUACUAUGCGCCCUGGUGUUACUGGUCUCAGCGGACCAGUCCGGAGUUCGAUGCGGCCGCUCGCGUGCUGGCCCAUGACAAAACGGACCCGCCUGUGUUUCUUGCUAAAGUCGACUGCACGCAGCAUACACAGGUCAUGAGGAAAGAAGACAUUCAAGAAUAUCCCACCCUCAAGUUCUUUAUGCAUGGACACCCGAAGGAGUACACAGGUGGCCGUAAAAGGGCAGAGAUAUUGAAAUGGCUGCAGGAAAACUUAGACAGGGACCGCAUCAUUGCCUCCGUGAAUGCCCUGGAAGAAGUUCUGGCCACUCGACAGUUGGGGACUCUUGUCGUCAUUGCGGCUCAAGAGUUGCCUAGGCCAGUUGCGGUCCAAGGUGGUGCUGCACCUUCUUCCUCUGACUCGUCUCCCGCCACUCUUGGGGGACACAACUUUGGGGAAGGGGCCGCAUCAGUCACUACACAGAGAGCGCUGAGACUCGGCAUGGCCAAAACGGGGUCUAACUUGGAGGCAAAUGCAUCUGACUUGGUGACUACUAGCGGGGAGACGCCUCCUCUGUCAGGCGGAACCCCCAGUCGCCGGGUCCGCGCAGCUGGGCAUAGCCGUGGCAAUACAGCCGACCAGAAAGACCCCUUGGUUUCUACGUCUGGUGCUGUCUCGCAUGCCUCGAAAAAGAUCGAUCGUGAGAUAUUCGUAAAAGUCUCUCGCAUGAUGGGCAGCGACGUCCUGUUUGGUGAGAUCGCCGACCCGGAUGUCCUGCAGUACUACCUUGAUAUCCACGUCAGGCCAUACAUGAAGACGCGUCUCGACAUGGCUCAUAUUCAUCUUCCGUUCAUUGCAGCAUUUCCGAGUCAGAGCGACAGCGACGAUUUUGAGGAGCGUCCCCCCUCACUUGUAGCCGGUGCAGUCGAGGAGGAGAUUGUUAUCUACACGGGAGCGUUCAAUGACCAAGAAAGCCUUAUACGGUUUGUGCAAACACACAAGUUUCCUCCAGCUCUUCCGUUUACGGGGAUCGUAGCGCCCAGGCUUUUCGAAGAUGGUCGUCCGAUCUGCGUCAUGUUCCUCGAUGACGCCAGUUCAGUCAAGCGGAACGGCCAAGUCCACGUUCCCAUCGAGCGAACGUUAGAAAUCAGGAAAAUGUUCGAGGACGUUGCUUCUACCUACAGAAGCCAGCUCAUCUUCACAGUAUCAGGCACAAAGGAGCCGCAUGAAAAGCGACUUUUGACAUUGCUCGGCGUCGAAGAUGAUCGGGAGGGUCCCCAACUGCGUAUUGUCACUUUUAAUCCUAGUGGCAAUGGGAAGUAUCACCCUGCACUGAAGUUUCGUCCAAUUCAGACGACGCCGCUCAAUAACGGAACCUCUCGCAGCACGACCGGAGAAGAUUUUUCGAAGGGGACUAAUAGUAUGGAAAAGAAACCUGAAGAGACCAAUCAAGGGAGCGAUUUGCAGAAAAGAACUGGACUACGGUCUUCGACGAUACCCUCUGUUGAGGAGCCAUCCGUCGAAUUGCAACAGGAAAGACCUUCGCGAAAGGAAGGACUAAGAAACAUGAGAAGUCAGUCCAGUCUAGACGAAAAUGCGCUACAAGAGUUUAAGGAGAACCUCAAGAACUUUGUGACUGGCUACCUCGACGGCUCCCUCGCACCUUACUUGAGAUCCGAGCCUGUACCUGCUGAAGAGGAAAACCAAGGCGUCCUUAAAGUGGUUGUGGGGUCUACAUUCAACGAGCUCGUGCUGCAAACCGAUAAAGAUGUUUUGGUCGAGUUUGGCGCACCCUGGUGCGGGCACUGCCGCAAGGUCGAGCCGACGUUGAAAAUGGUUGCAGCAGUUCUACGAGAUUCUGGAAGCGAGUUACUGGUGGCAAAGAUGGACGCGACUCGCAAUGAAGUGAAAGAUCUUUAUUUCACUGGGUAUCCUACCCUACUUCUUUUCCCUGCGAACAAAAAGGCAGAUCCAUUAAUGUACCAAGGAGACAGAAGUGAGGAAGACCUCCUGCAGUGGCUGGCUGCCAAUGUGGAUAGGAAGGACAUAAAUUUGGAACUUUGUUCGGAGAAAAUCAAACGGCUUUUGGAGCAGCAACUCAUGUUGAAGUCGGGACCUGUUUCAGAAAGUGGUGAACCCCUCAUUUCGUCUUGGGGAACUCUGACGCAUGCAGAGAGGAGUGUUCUUGAGGAACUAUAG